AUGUUAAUAAAUCAGUGCCGAAUUUGUGGCAAGAACAAUAUUUGUGCAAAGAGCCUUAAUCUAUUUGAUACAGCAAAUAGAAAAUAUGUGAAACAUAUUUAUUUAUUAACGGGUCUAGCAUUAGGGGUCCUGGCAAAUGCUCCUACCUACAUCUGCCAUUGCUGUCAAUCGGAUCUCAAAUUAUGCAUGACGUUUCGCAAGCGAUGCAUCAAAACUCAAAAGAAAUGGGAAACCCUCUCACAAUCGGGACAGGAUGUGGAUUUGGAGUCGCAUUCCUCAAUGAGUGAAAUAGAAACAAAAGUGGAAGAAACUAUUCAGGUGAUAGUCAAAGAGCAGUUUAACAUUCAGGAUGAGUUGAUCAAUGAGGAAGAAGAUCAUUUAGGGCUGGACAAAGAAGAAAUAUUAGCAACAAAUAUAGGCAGGAGUAAAGAUAAAAUGGUUAUGGACACUAUCAAGGAUACACUUACACACUUUGAUGAUAAUAAUAACAACAAAUUAGAUGACCAUAAUAAUGACAAGGGUUUCCUCCCUUUGGAUAUUCCAACGAAAACACGUAAAUCAAAAGGCGAAGUAAAGUUGUUUAUAUGUGAACUUUGUGGUCUUCAUUUGGGAACAAAAGCAUCUCUGGGACGACACAUUUUGAAGCAUACGGGCAAACGCCCCUUUGGAUGCAAAGAAUGCUCAGCAAGAUUUCUAACAGCUGCCGAGUUGCGUUCACAUCAUCUAGUCCAUACGGGAGAGAGGGCGUUCCCCUGUAGAUUUUGUGAGAGGAAGUACGUUAGUUAUAUGGGAAGAUUGAGGCACGAGCGUAAUCACACUAACGAACGAAAUUUCGUCUGCGAUGAAUGUGGCAAGGCAUUCACAACUGGAUAUAUACUAAAGAAUCAUAUGCUGAUACAUUCGGGCGAGCGGGCAUAUAGUUGCGAUGCCUGUCAGCGCUCCUUUCAGCGGAAAACUCAUUUACGCACCCAUUUCCGGAGUAAUACACACCAACAGAAUCUGAAAAAGACGCAGCUUCAGGUGUCACCAAUCACCAAAGUGUAGAAUUAAUAGAUUGUUAAAUUUUCCAUUGAAAUAUUUCAAAUAUACUUCAUGAAGUAAA